AUGGCUGGUCGGGGCGGCGAUGUGUCCAUCGAAGUUGGUAUCGAGGCCACCAAGGGUAUGUACCUCUCCAAGCCCCUUCCUUACCCAUCAUGGUCAGACCAGGCUGUUGGCGGUAUGUCUAUCAUGGACUUGCCCCUCCAAGACUUGCCGCGUGACCAGGCGAUGUUGAAACAUUUCGUGGAUGUGGUUACGGAUGUUCCCCCUCCCGACAAAACUGCAAUCGAGACCGCCAUCAAUGCAGGUACAUGGGGUAAAGACAAGCUUCCGACACCGUUUUGCCUCAAGGCUGACAUGGAACUCAAACUGGUUACUCAGUUCGUUGUUAUGGACCAGUCCAACGGCAAAGUCACGGUCAUGAAGCACAUGUACAGCCCGGACAUGAAGCUCGGAAAGGAACAAAUUCAUCAACUAUGCCAUGGCACUCCAUACACACUCAAGUGGCAGGGGCACGCAAUGAAUUUCCGAAAGGGCUUUCAAUGGUUCCUUGAACAGCUCGGGGGGUGGCAAUGCCGCCAGUAUGCACUUUCUCACGUCAUGACAUGUCAAAAAAACCGCGGUGAGGGUUCCAAGGGCUUUCACAUAUCCGAGCUCACAGAGGAAGAGGUCGACAAGGGGUUUGCGUUCAUCCAAGAGGAAGCGGGCAACCUUGCGAGUGAAUGGAAACGAAUUCAAUGGAUAACGAAGAACUUGCACAUCAACGCCGAAUCGCCCAUCUACCAGUGGCCAGUCGCGAUCGUAGAGAAAUCCCUCCAUGCUAUCCGUACCGAUGGCGUCCUUGCGCUCCCCGUAGAGGAUUUCUAUUUGACUCUGGCCGAUGUCGACGUUGAUGUUCUGAAGUUUGCUGUCAACCCCAUGCUCAAGGCUAUGACGACCCACGCGAUCGGUUAUUGGAAACGCAAGAUGUCACUCACAUCCCCAGCCUCGUAUCGCGAAGCUUCGGAGUUUGAUUUCUUUCGGGGACAACCCGGUCGCAAAGACCGCCCCGACAUUCAUGAUGAUGGACGCCUCGCCGAGGAGCCCAUCAGGAAAAUGAAAGGAUUUACGGAUGUUGGCUGCACCAUGUUAACACGGGAACGGUGGGGUGCAGCCAAGUUCGUGCAAGGGCAGUUGCGGGUGUUCGUAUGCAACGACUACACGUACACAGAGUGGGCAGAGCGCCAACAAGACACAGUUUCAGGCACAGUACUCUACAUGACACACGAGCAGUUCCUGGAAGUCAUCUCCCCCGUCUUUCCGAAGGGCACGACCACACCUCAUAUCAUGGCAGUCCUCAAGCGUGCCAACAUCCUCGUCAAUGUAGGUAAACUCAUGAUCUUCAGGCGAGCAACACAAGAUGAAAUCACUGUCCCUUGCUUGUGCACCGGGAACACGGUAAACUACUUGAAGCCUGAUGCCCAAACGAAAUAUAUCCGAUACCGAGACAGCAUGCUGUCAAAGCCAUCUUCUUUUGAAGCGGAUGUGGAAUGGGAAGCUGCCUAUGUGGAUGCCCUGCUUGCUGGCAAGAACCUACCCCGCUCCGGAGCAACCAUCAUCAACAGUGGUGCAGUGCAUCGUCUUUUCCAUGGUGAACCCAACGUAUCUUCAACUGCAGCUCCAUCCACUCCUCCUGCCGUG